CUUGCCCGACAGACGUACCGCGCGUGCCCUGCUGUUCGAACGUACGUGAACGCGUCUCCGCCGCGACUGCCCAGUUUACCUGCAUGCUUUUAUGUGUGUGUGUGUGUGCGUGUAAGCGUGUGUUUAUAUUAUAAAUAAGCUGCACCAUUGUACACUUGCUAGUACCGCUGAAGAUCUGCGAACACGGACUCCAGACAACCCGCAAAGUCCGGUAAAAAAAUCACGCGCUGUCAUGUCGGUGCCGUCACCGUGGUCCGCGGCGUCAGCAUCGCGAUAGACGGCAGGCGCGUGAGCGUGACCAGACCGACCGACAAAGAGUUGUCGUUUAUUAUUUGACGUCUUGACACGACACAACGCCGACAGCGGUGCACAUGCGAGCGAUGAUAACGACGACAACGACGACGAUGGUAUCGUCAGAAAAUGAUUGAACCUGCGGCCGCUCUGUCACACGAGCAGACGGUUUGCCGCUGUCCGACGACGACGACGACUCGCAGCUGCAGCCGUACGCACCACACUGCGACCCGCCGGCGGUGAAUGCCAGUCAACUGUAUUAUGCUGUCGUACAUGGCGCCAUCCGUGAGCGACAAACCGCCGACGGUGCCCAGCCGGCUGGCGCUGGAACACAAGUCGGCCGCGGCCACGGCGUACCACCGGUUCAGCCGGCCGGCGCCCGGCGUCGCGUUCAACGUGCAGCAGCUGGACGUCCACCAGCCGCGCGAGGGGUUCGGCGCACUGCCCGCCCCGCCCGUCCGGCGAACCAUGGUAAAAGACGAUAGCACGGGCAGCAUCGCGUCCAGCGUCAUCGUCGACGCCGUGCUGCCGGCCACGCACGAUAGUAAACGGCCGGCCACCAAACCGGCCGCGUCCAAAAGGGUUUCGUUCGGUAGUUCAAAAGGAUCUAUGGUUGAAACAUUGAUAUACGAUAGCCCCCCUGUUCAAGAAGAAGUAUUGGAUGUAAGCGAUAUUGACGACUCUGACGGUACUGUUGCGUCCACUAAAGUCCGUGUGAGCUUUUUCGAAUCCGAAAAACCUUGCGUACUACCUUCACCACCAAAAUCGUUGGAAAUAUUUGGCGACAGCACGAUGACCACUUCAAGUCCUAUACUACAAAGGUCAAACGGCCACGUCCAAACGCAGAUUAGUUCGGACGGUUGGGAUAAUCCUUUCAGACCGGACGGUGACUUGUCCAAAGAAGCUGACCAGAUAGUCGAACUGAUUAAAGAAGGCAAACCGAUCACGCCGACGCCCACGAGUGCUACGUCGCCGCUAUUGCCUGACCAUAGCACGGACGUCAAACAUGACCAACAGCCGGUGACGUCCACGCCAACAAAGGCGAACGGAACGUGCAAUGAAAAGAACGCGGUACCACCCAAUGUGGAAGUCCAAAGAGGAACUGUGAUAAAUGGAAACGAGCCUUCCCAAGUGGAACACGUAGUGUUGAAGAAAAAACCAAAAUGCAGGUGUUGUGUGAUACAAUAACACGCAACCGGAUGCAUACACGUUUUUAUUUCUAUGUAAAAUAUAAUAAUCCAAAAAUCAUAAACCAAAAAGCAAGAACGCGCUGUUGUACCUUCAGCUAUGUCGUUCGUGAGAUGAUCACCACGUCCUCGCGAUUCAAAAUUAUUUUUCAGAGCUAUAUUAUUAUUAUAUAUAUAUAUAUGUUUGUACCUAUGUUUGUAUUUAUAAGU